AUGGCUAAAUUUAAUUGGAGAGGGCCCAAAAUUAUAUUGGACUAUAUAAAAUUAUACUUUAAUAAUUGUUGCAUUCAUGGAUUUCGGUAUAUUGUAAAACCCAUGUUGAUUGUUUUUGAAAGAUCGUUAUGGUGUGCUCUUUUAGUUGUAUCCAUUUAUUUUUGUAUAAAUGUUUGUCUAUCCUCUGUGGAUCGCUACUAUACAAAGAGUACGCAUAUUGGACUUGAGCGUAACUAUCAUUUCUGGAACACAACAUUACCAAGUUUAACUGUUUGCCCAAUGCAGAGAUUGAAUGACAGCCUGUUCAGUAGUUAUUGUAGAGCCAAUGGUAUCAAAGGGCAAGACAAGACAGAAUUUUGGAACUUUAUGGAAAAUUUGGCAAACUCAACUUAUACCAACUUUCAGAAUAUUCCGGGCAGCGAUAAUAUUGAUUCUAUUCUUAUGAAUUUGGGCAUUAAACCCGAGCAAUAUAUGGAAUUGAUAUACAAUCUGACAUUUGAUAGUACAUAUGAGCCAGUGGAGAAACUAAGAACACGCAGUAUCGAUGGUCAGGUCAAUAUUCAUGUGCGGCAAGUGCUAACCGAGUAUGGAUUAUGCUAUUUGGGUAAUAGCAAAUUGGGCAAAGAGUAUAGUUCACGUUAUUUAAUCUUUGGCUCGUAUCCCGAGUACAACAAGUACGAGCAUAGUCGAACUUUGCUUGAAGUUCAACUUGGUUCCUUUUUUGAAAAGGAUGUAUCGUUUACCCUACUUGGAUUCACCAGCAUAGCCAUAGAUAGCUAUAUCCAUUCUGCCUUUGAAGUUAUGAAAGUGGAUAAUAAUUUUGGUUACACAGAUGAAGGUGUUGUCUAUGAUCCCGAAAGUGAAGAAAUCACAGCCGAAGAGAAUCUAGAAACGGAGACUUCGAUUAGGCAGAGAAAGUGUCGUUUCCAUCACGAAUCAAAUUUAACACAUUUUCCAAUUUAUACAAGAAAUAUAUGUCAACAGGAAUGUCGCAUUAAUCUCGCCUAUAGAAUCUGUAAAUGCAUUCCACAUUUCUAUCCAAAUCGGAUUUCGAAACCAAAAACUGUUUGCGAUUAUAAAACGUUGAAGGCUUGUUUUCCCAAACACUCCAGUUUCUUUCUUAAAUUAUACGAAGAACAUGGCAAACAUGAAAAGCCGGCUACUUGUUAUUGCGAACAAAAUUGCCUCGAUGCGGUGGUAACAACUAAAAGUGCCCUUCCCAUGAUUGGCUCUAAGCAGUUAUUGGGUAGUAUUGGAAGUGCCAUUUCGAUGAAAACUUGGCCACAGAAUCGUCUAAAGAGGCAAGUCAUAUUCUCUUUCUCCGAUCUGCUGGUUUCAAUUGGCGGAACAGCUGGACUAUUUCUUGGAUUUAGUGUUUUGGGUCUGGUGGAAUUUAUAUAUUUCUUUACGAUGCGUUUAAUUUGGCAUAUUGUUGGCUAUAAAAUUUAACUUAUCAAUUGCUUUUUUUUUUUGGGUUGUACCAGCUUACACAUUAAAAUGUAUACAGACAAUUCGUUGUCUGCACUUU